AUGAAGUUCCUCAACAUCCUCUCCCUCGCUGCCGCCGUUGUCUACGCCGCUCCGGCCGCCGACCCCGCCCCCGUUGAGCUCGCUUCCGAGCUCGAGGCCCGCCAGCUCUCGUCCACCCGCAACGACCUCCAGAAUGGCAACUCCGCCAACUGCCCCAAGGUCAUCUUGAUCUACGCUCGCGGCUCCACUGAGGUUGGCAACAUGGGAUCCACCGCUGGCCCUGCUCUCGCUAGCGCUCUCGAGAGCGCCUACCGCAACAACAUCUGGAUCCAGGGUGUCGGCAACGCGUACACCGCCGACCUCUCCCCAACUUCCUCCCCGCCGUGCCCCAACGCUGCCAUCGUCUCCGGUGGAUACAGCCAGGGUACCGCCGUCGUCGGUAACGCCGUCAGCGAGCUCAGCUCCUCCGUCCAGGACAAGGUCAAGGGUGUCGUGCUCUUCGGCUACACCAAGAACCUCCAGAACCUCGGCCGCAUCCCCAACUUCUCCAGCACCAAGACCAAGGUCUACUGCGCUGUUGGCGAUGCCGUCUGCUACGGCACUCUCUUCAUCCUCCCCGCUCACUUCUUCUACGCCACCGACGCCGCCACCACUGCCCCCAUCUGGCUCCGUGGUCGCAUCGGUUAA